UUUCCCGGGGUCCUGCCCCGCGCGUGCGCACUGUGGUUCUGCGCUUGUCAUCAUGGCGACGCGGGGCCAUGUGCAGGACCCUAACGACAGGCGCCUCCGGCCCAUUUACGAUUAUCUUGACAAUGGUAAUAAUAAAAUGGCAAUUCAGCAAGCAGAUAAACUGUUGAAGAAACAUAAGGAUCUUCAUUGUGCUAAGGUUUUAAAGGCAAUUGGUUUACAGAGAACUGGAAAGCAAGAGGAAGCCUUUACUCUUGCACAGGAGGUGGCAGCCCUUGAACCCACAGAUGACAACUCACUGCAGGCACUGACUAUCCUUUACCGGGAGAUGCACCGACCGGAGUUAGUUACAAAACUUUAUGAGGCAGCUGUGAAGAAAGUUCCCAGUAGUGAGGAGUAUCACUCUCACCUCUUCAUGGCCUAUGCCAGAGUGGGUGAAUACAAGAAAAUGCAACAGGCUGGCAUGGCUCUAUAUAAGAUUGUCCCCAAAAAUCCCUACUACUUUUGGUCUGUGAUGAGCUUAAUUAUGCAAUCUAUAUCGGCACAGGAUGAAAACCUCUCAAAAACAAUGUUUCUGCCCCUUGCUGAGAGAAUGGUCGAAAAAAUGGUGAAAGAGGAUAAGAUAGAAGCUGAGGCUGAAGUUGAACUUUAUUAUAUGAUCCUGGAACGUUUGGGAAAGUACCAGGAGGCCUUGGAUGUCAUCAGAGGGAAAUUAGGAGAGAAGUUGACAAGUGAGAUUCAGAGUCGGGAAAAUAAAUGCAUGGCUAUGUACAAGAAGCUGAGCAGGUGGCCAGAGUGCAAUGCCCUUUCCAGGCGCCUCUUACUAAAAAACUCAGAUGACUGGCAGUUCUAUCUGACUUAUUUCGAUUCUGUCUUUCGACUGAUUGAAGAGGCCUGGACUCCUCCUGCUGAAGGUGAACACUCUUUAGAAGGAGAAGUACAUUAUUCUGCAGAAGAAGCUGUGAAGUUUAUAGAAGAUCGGAUAACGGAAGAAUCUAAAAGUUCUCGCCAUCUUCGGGGACCACAUCUAGCUAAACUGGAGCUGAUUAGGCGUUUACGAAGUCAAGGUUGUAACGAUGAGUACAAACUGGGUGAUCCAGAAGAAUUAAUGUUCCAGUAUUUUAAAAAGUUUGGCGAUAAACCUUGUUGUUUUACAGACCUUAAGGUGUUUGUUGACCUCUUACCUUCUACACAGUGUACAAAAUUUAUUAAUCAGUUACUUGGAGUUGUUCCUUUGUCGACACCAACAGAGGAUAAGCUGGCACUGCCUGCUGACAUCAGAGCUCUGCAGCAACAUUUGUGUGUGGUGCAGCUGACGAGGUUACUUGGCUUGUACCACACCAUGGAUAAAAAUCAGAAAUUGAGUGUGGUCAGAGAAUUGAUGUUAAGGUACCAGCAUGGACUGGAAUUUGGGAAAACCUGUUUGAAAACAGAAUUGCAGUUUUCUGACUAUUACUGUCUCCUUGCUGUCCAUGUGCUUAUUGAUGUAUGGAGGGAAACAGGUGAUGAGACUGCUGUGUGGCAGGCCCUGACUUUGCUGGAAGAGGGAUUAACCCAUAGCCCUUCCAAUGCUCAGUUCAAAUUGCUGCUUGUUCGAAUCUACUGUAUGCUGGGUGCAUUUGAACCAGUGGUGGAUCUUUACUCCAGCCUUGAUGCUAAGCAUAUCCAGCAUGAUACCAUUGGUUAUCUUUUGACCCGAUAUGCUGAAUCUCUAGGUCAGUAUGCUGCUGCGUCCCAAUCCUGUAACUUCGCACUCAGGUUUUUUCACUCCAACCAGAAAGAUACCUCAGAAUAUAUUAUUCAAGCUUACAAAUAUGGUGCAUUUGAGAAGAUCCCAGAGUUUAUCGCUUUUAGGAACAGGCUGAAUAAUUCUCUUCAUUUUGCACAAGUCCGUACUGAACGGAUGCUGUUAGACCUUCUACUUGAAGCAAAUAUAUCCACCAGUUUAGCAGAAAGUAUAAAGUCAAUGAACCUUAGGCCAGAAGAAGAUGACAUUCCAUGGGAAGAUUUGCGAGACAACAGAGACUUAAAUGUCUUUUUCAGCUGGGAUCCAAAAGACAGGGAUGUUUCUGAAGAACAUAAGAAACUUUCCUUAGAGGAGGAGACCUUGUGGUUAAGAAUCCGAUCCUUAACAUUGAGGCUGAUCAGUGGACUUCCAAGUCUCAACCACCCUGUGGAGCCAAAGAACUCGGAGAAGACUGCCGAGAAUGGGGUAUCCUCCCGGAUUGAUAUUCUUCGUUUGCUCCUUCAACAGCUGGAGGCAACCCUGGAGACAGGAAAGCGAUUUAUUGAGAAGGAUAUUCAGUAUCCUUUCCUUGGUCCUGUACCUACCAGAAUGGGUGGAUUCUUUAAUUCUGGCUGUUCUCAGUGCCAGAUAAGCUCUUUUUAUCUUGUCAAUGAUAUUUAUGAGCUGGAUACCAGUGGUUUAGAGGAUACAAUGGAGAUUCAGGAACGAAUAGAAAAUAGUUUUAAGUCUUUACUAGACCAGUUAAAAGAUGUCUUCAGUAAAUGUAAAGGUGACCUCUUAGAAGUUAAAGAUGGUAACUUGAAAACACAUCCUACUCUUUUAGAAAAUCUAGUUUUCUUUGUUGAGACUAUUUCUAUUAUCCUUUGGGUAUCCAGUUACUGUGAGAGUGUCCUGCGACCAUACAAACUAAAUUUACAGAAAAAGAAAAAGAAGAAAAAAGAAACCAGCAUCAUCAUGCCUCCUGUCUUUACCAGUUUCCAAGACUAUGUUAUUGGGCUUCAGACUUUAAUUUCCAAUGUUGUGGAUCAUAUUAAAGGGCUUGAAACACAUCUAAUUGCACUUAAACUUGAAGAACUUAUUUUAGAAGACGCUUCUCUCUCACCGGAAGAGAGAAAAUUUUCAAAGACUGUGCAAGGGAAGGUGCAGAGCAGUUAUCUGCACUCACUUCUGGAAAUGGGGGAGCUGCUGAAAAAAAGACUUGAGACCACAAAGAAACUAAAAAUUUAAGGAAGUAUCAACCAUGGGCACUGAAACUCUGCAACAGAAUAUGACACCAUCUUCCCAGGCAAAAGCAACAUCUGGUUGACCAUGAUUUUAAUCCAGAACUUCCUCAUAAAAUGCAUGAAGGACUUUGAUCGUGAAUUUUUUUAGGUGUUAAAUAUAUACAACUGAUUAAAUUAUUGUAUAUAAACCAGAAGCAGGACCCUCAUCUGGGUUUGACCACUUUUUAUACAUGUUCAUAUGCAUAUGGCAGCAACAAGAGAACCGUACUUUUCUUCUUCCCAUCACCAGAAACAUCUUUUCAGGGGAGCGGGGGGUCUAUAAAAACAGCAAUAGAAAUUAAGCAUAAAGCAUCAACCUCAUAGCAACUGAAUAGCCCUUCUGUUAUAAAUAACAUUGAGAGUUUUUGGUCUCGUCCUUGAGCCGCAAGAAGUGGAGGGGAGACCAUGCCUGGGAACAGGCCCCCUUUUCACAGCAGUUAAGUUUGUUUUGAGGCUUUCUCAGCUACUUGGCUCCCACAGAACCCAAGGCAGGUACACAAAGGACCUUAGAUGAGAUCUGGCAUAUGCACCCGCCAUAGAAGGGCACCACUUGGAUGACCACAGGCACUUAGUUUUUGGCUAGCUUUUGUCUGAUAGUUAAGACAUCCCCAUCCUAGCUUCUGUGAGAGUUAAAAAUCUCAGGUAGGAAGGCAAGGAAGGCUCUGUUAAUUUAUAGCUGUUUAGAGGGGAAAGCAGUGCAGACCACUUAUUAAGCCCGCUGAGGACUAGCUUUCUGUCUUUCAUACAUUUGGGAAAGAUGGGAAUGACUGUUUCAAAGAAGACAGGUGCACAUAAUUUAUGCAGGCAAGUCUGAUACUUAGUGGUUUUGUGAGGCGCAUAUAUAUAUAUAUAUAUAUAUAUAUAUAUAUGAGGCAUAUAUAUAUAUAUAUAUAUAACUUGAAAAUUAAGAUUGAAUACUUUCAUGUUUUAAGUGGGGGGUUUGGGAAGGAAGGAAUGUAAUAUUAUGGAUUUAGCCUUAGGCUUUAAGUUUUAGGCUGGCAAAAGAAAUGUUAUUCAGUGGGUUUGAGGUUUGGACUACUUUCUUCAAACUUAGAGAAUUAUAACAGGAUGGUGUUUACUUUGUUCACCUGGAUGUCCCCGAGACUAUAGCUUCUAUCAGUGGUUGGUCUGAUAGAAGAGGUAAAAAUUGCUCUUGAAAAUGUCAUACAAUUUAUACAGUUUCUUUGAGUUUGAAUCCCUGCCUCUGUUUUUGGUCUGUUACCUAAGUAUAGUUCAAGUUUAAUUCUGUAAGAGCAAAGAAAUGAAUUUGAUGAGGAAAUUAAGCAUCCAAUGGAGGAUUGGUCUUGAAGACCUUAAAAGUGCUUUCCAACCUGCACUGCUCCAGUGAAAUGUGGUACUUUUUUUCUUUUAAAAGCAACCAAGAGAGCUGGGAAUAUCUGUGUAUGCAAAGUAAUUGCAUUUUGUCCCUUCAUUUUGACUUUCUUAGAUUCAUAAUUUGAUACAGUGCUUAAACUUCCAAGGAAAUUUUAACAAUUACUACAUUACCUGUUCAAAAUAAGGCUUGUUGGAAAUCCUAGUCCAUCAACUAAUUUCAAAAAUUUACUUUUGAUAUGAGUAGCCACAGCUGGUCAUAUACCCUAUCCCAAAAGGAAGAACUGUCUUGAACAAGAUGAAUGGAAAAUUGUGGUUAAUUCUGAAUUUCAUGUAAUGACAACAUAUUCUUUCAUAAAACUAUGGCCUGUUUAAGAUGGAACUUUGUGUGUGUCUGCUGGGGAGGGUGGGGUACCUGUGUAUGGCGUGUGUUCUUGAAGUGAUGUCUCUCUGAAUAUCCAAAAAAGUACUGUACUGUAGAAAUGCUCUUUGAAAAAGUCUUAUCGACUGACCAUGAUCAAUCUAGCAUAUGUAUGUUCAGUGGGCUGGCCUUGGUCCUCAGGGACAGUGUGUGACUCUAGUGGUCUUCCUAACCAGUCUCUUGCCUAAAGAUAUCUGGGACCUCCACUGGCUUUAAUGACAAAUAAUGUUAUGUUGAGGUUAUGCUUCAUUUGUUAUUUGCUGAUUUUCCUACUAAAUGUAGCAUUUCAAUUAGAUCCAGCUUUCACAUUUUGAGAUAAUUGUAAAAAGAAUGAAAUUAUGCAGAAAUGGCCAAUAUCUCUUAUCAAUCUGUUCUUUUGGAAACCCUCAUGCACUAUAAAUUGUGUACAGUUACAAAUAUAUAUAUAUAUAUAUAUAUAUUCUUACAUGAGUAAAAAGCACCCUCUCCCAGCAAUCGUAUGUCAUUGGUAUUUGAAGAGAAUUCCCAAAUAACCCAUUGCUGCUGCUGCUGUUUUUGAUUUGUAUGGGUUUUUUUGUUUUGUUUGUUUUUGCGUGGUAAACUGAUAUUUAAAAAAGGAAAGGAGAAAAAUCACGACUACUGUUUACAGACUGAAAAAUUACUGCUUUUUAUACUACUGAGAUCCUAAGACUCUCCAAAGCAAACAUUUGGUUUAAAUCAUUUAUCUGAUGUGGAUAAAAGGUAGAGAAACUUGUAGUGUUCUCCACAUAAUGGAAAAUGUACAAAUGCCUAGUUGUGUUGCCCAUCAAUUUUGUAUAUUUUCAUAAUUUUAAUUGUUCAAAAUUGCAUUAUAUUUUGCAAUCACUAUGUUCAAUCUGGAUUUGUCUUUCAUUUUAACUUUUAAUAUAAAAGGGGUUUCAAUGUA